AUGGAGAGCUCUCGGCUGCUCGCUUUGCUCGGAGCCGCUCUAGUGCUGCUGGUGGGAGUGAACGGGCAGGAAGAGACGGAGUUCCAGCCGCGAGCCUUGGACCUCUAUUCCGCCAUAGAGGACACGUCCCACGAGAAGGAGCUGAUCGAGGCGCUGCAGGAAGUCCUGGAGAAACUGAAAAGCAAACGGCUCCCGCAUUAUGAGAAGAAGUACGGCCAAGUCCCCAUGUGCGAUGCUGGAGAACAGUGUGCAGUGAGAAAAGGAGCCAGAAUUGGAAAGCUCUGUGACUGUCCCAGAGGAACAUCUUGUAACAAUUUUCUCUUGAAGUGUUUGUAAAGAAAUGUCCCAUCCCCAGCCACUGCAGAACCAAGGAAGACCCACCGGCC